AUGUGGCAGCCUCUAAAAUCCCUCGCCAUUACCGUCAUGGCAAUGGCAGCCUCUAGCCUGGCUCGUCCGCUCAAAGACACCCCCUACACCAACCCGAUCCUUGGUGGCUGGCACUCCGACCCGUCGUGCAUCUACGUCGCCGACCACGACACCACCUUCUGCGUGACCUCCACCUUCAUCGCCUUCCCCGGUCUCCCCAUCUACGCGUCCAAAGACCUCCAGAACUGGAAACACGUCAGCAACGUGUUCAACCGCGCCAGUCAGAUCCCCAGCCUCGCGGAAACCACCGACCAGCAGGGCGGGAUCUACGCGCCGACGCUGCGCUACCACGACGGGAAAUUCUACCUCAUUGUCUCGUUCCUCGGACCGCAGGUUAAAGGCCUCGUUUUUUCGACUAAGGACCCCUUCCGCGACGAUGCAUGGUCCGAACCCCUCGAGUUCGCCGUUCGAGGCAUCGACCCGGAUAUCUUCUGGGAUGACGACGGGACCGUGUACGUCACCUCUGCUGAUAACAAUCGUAUCCAGUCGUACAGUCUUGACCUCGAGACGGGGGCCACCGGGCCCAUCUCCUACCUCUGGAACGGCACCGGCGGCGUCUACCCCGAAGGUCCGCAUCUGUACCGCAAAGACGGAUAUUACUAUCUGAUGAUCGCCGAGGGCGGCACCGAGCUCGGCCACAGGGAGACCAUGGCGCGCUCGAAGCACCGCACGGGGCCCUGGGAGCCCUGUCCGGCCAACCCGCUGCUCUCGAACAAGAACACCACCGAGUACUUCCAGACCGUCGGACACGCGGACCUCUUCCAAGACGGCCACGGGAACUGGUGGGCUGUGGCGCUGAGCACGCGGUCCGGACCAGAGUGGGUGAAUUAUCCCAUGGGCCGCGAGACGGUGCUGGUCCCCGCGACGUGGGAGAAGGGCCAGUGGCCUGUUAUUCGGCCGGUGAGGGGGCAGAUGCGAGGCCCAUUACCUCGUUCAGACCGCGCCAGUCUCCAGGGAAAAGGGAUAGCAGGGGGAGGAGCGUUCGCAGGAGACCCCGAUAAGGUCGAUUUCGUGCCUGGGUCAUCUCUCCCGCCGCAUUUCCUUUACUGGCGGUUCCCCAAGGACGACGUCUUCACCGUCUCGCCGCAUGGUCAUCAUAACUCUCUGCGCGUUAAGCCGUCCUUCCAUAACAUCACCGGCGACGCGGGCUUCCAGCCCUCCGACGGCACGAGUCUCAUCUUGCGUCGUCAGACAGAUACCCUCUUCUCGUAUGGCGUCGACGUCUCGUUCUCGCCGCGCGCGAGAGACGAAGAAGCAGGCGUGACGCUCUUCCUGACACAGCAUCAACAUGUCGAUCUUGGGAUCGUGCUUCUCAAGACCGACGAGGGAAAGGACUCGUUAGCGUUUCGAUUUAGGCCCACUGGCCGCGGGAACUUCGACGGCCCCUUGUCAACGGAGAUCGUGCCUGUUCCUGGGGACUGGAAGGGUGGACGGAUUCGGUUGGAGAUCCAGGCUGUGAGUGAUUUGCGGUAUAUCUUCUCUGCGGCGCCGGCUGGGUCGGCAGGCAAGAAGGAGGUUAUAGGUGAGGUGGAUUCGUUGGUGGUGAGUGGGGAUACGGGGAGGUUUACUGGUACUCUGGUCGGCGCGUAUGCCACAAGUAACGGAGGGAAAGGGUCGACAGACGCGUAUUUCAGUAAAUGGAGGUAUAAGGGAGAGGGACAGAAGAUUGACCAUGAUGUUAUUGUGCCUUCACGGGAUUGGUAUGAUGGUCGACGUAUGGCGAGAGAGGGAGGUGUUGCAGUUUAA